AUGGCUUAUGCGCGCCACAGAAUCUCAGCGAUUGGGCCUCGGAACCCUAGACAUUCGGGUGGCAUGGCCCGCAGGCGUCGCGAAAUAGAGAGGUCACGCCUUCUAAACCGUCCGAUUUCUCAGAACUACUACAAGAGACAAAAGCUUGUUCCCAAUCCCAUUGUGAAGGACAUCAUGAGGAAUUCCCCACAGGAAAAUGCUGAAAUCCCUUUUGAAUAUGAGCACCAGACAUCAGAGAUUGACCAGUCAGUGCUGAGACAGUACCAGGCAGCACAGUUGUUCGAAGUCCUCAACCGAUACAACUUGGCUGAGUUGAUGCCGCAUAGGCCGGAUAUAAAUGUCCCUUCACAGCAUGGGAAACGGUUUACAAACUGUCUUCUGCCCAUUCCCACCAUACCAACUAAAUCCAUUUAUGCAGAUCUAAUAUCUUUUUUACGCAAUCCUGUCAUCCAGCAACAUAUUCCUGACCUACCCAUUCGAAGAAAGAUCGCUAAGCAUUUGAAGACAUCUUUUGGUGGCUCGAUCAGGUCCUGGCUGGAUAUCCUCCCACAAACAAUGCCACGCUGGGCAAAAGUUCGCAUCGGAAAUGGAGGCGAUCUUAUUCGAGGUGGGCAGAUGACUGGCCAGCGGGCCUUCCGUGAUGCUUCCUUUGUUCGCAUAUGUGAUCAUAUCUUUAUCUGCACAUUCAAACUGCUAUUGGACUUCUCCGUUUAUGAUAGUACUAGAGGGGCCGCUUACGCAGCCGUGACCUUGCUUGUAGGGAUUCGGCUCGACUCUCGAGAACUGGUUAAAUUUGUUCAUAAUGGAGAGAAAACAUUAACACCAGAGUUACAGUCAACAUUCAUAAAACUAGUGUUGAUGGCGUUGACGUUUACUGGGAAAAAGAAGGUCCAGCGAACCCAGCAAAGGGGGGGGGAGAAGAACGACGGGACCAAACUCGCAGACGAAAUCGAAAUUGCUGUAGGAGCUACCACGAACAUUGAUACUGACAGGAACAUUGCAAACGGCUCACACGGAGAGAUCAUCAAGAUCAUGUUGAAUGCAAAUGAACGAGUACUACCAGGCCAAAUCUCUCUGGAAGAACGGACGUACUGGAUAAGAAUGAGGGAUGGCAAACGAAGACAGUCAGGCGUCGACAGCUACGGAUGA